UUAAAGAGCAACAGACUCGUAUCAUAUCUCAGGAUAUAUGUCUGCGACAUUUAAUAAGUUCAUUAUGGGUCUACAGGACCUUAUAAAGGAAUAUUUUAUUGGUUUCUGGGACUAUGAGACCCCAAAGGUGAUGGUGGUGAAAAACAGAACUCUUGGAGUUAUUUACAGGAGUGUUCAGUUUCUUGUCAUCACCUAUUUCAUCUGGUAUGUGUUCAUAAGUCAGAAAGCAUACCAAGAGAGCGAAACCCGUCCAGAGAGCUCAGUGUACACUCGGAUGAAGGGCACAGCAGUUCAGGACAAUCACGUUUUGGACACUGUGGAGUACGCUCGACCUCCAGAGGGUGGUGAUGUGAUUAGUGCUAUACUGAGACGAGAAGUCACGUAUGACCAGAAGCAAGGAAUCUGCCCUGAGUCUUUCAGUGUUACGACUGCCAACUGCACGAAAGAUGCUGACUGUGUCUCAGGAGACGUUACCUUUGAUGGCCAUGGAAAAAGGACAGGCAGAUGUGUUCCAUACUACAACAACACCUUCAAAACCUGUGAGAUUCAAACCUGGUGUCCGACUGAGGCAUAUGCAGCCGUGCAAGAACCAGCAUUAAUGGAGGCCAUCAAUUUUACCGUGUUUAUCAGGAACUCUAUCCACUUCCCCAAAUUUAAAGUGCUGAGAGGAAAUAUCAAGGACACGCCAAACAAGCGCGACACGCAGCGAUACCUCAAUAAGUGUCAUUAUGAUGAGGAGACACAACCUUACUGUCCAAACUUUCGCCUGGGUUACAUCGCACAUAAAGCAAGGGAGAAUUUCAGUGAGCUCUGCAAGACCGGAGGUGUGAUUGGUGUUUUUAUCAACUGGAAGUGUGACUUGGACCUGGAUGCUUCACACUGUAAACCAACGUAUUCAUUCCGUCGUCUUGAUGUUCGAAAGGAUCAGGCCAGUUCUGGCUACUAUUACAGAUUUGCCAGGUAUUACAGCAAAGAUGGAGUGGAGUCUCGAACCCUUAUCAAAGCCAUUGGCAUCCGUUUGGAUGUCAUAGUGCAUGGACACGCUGGUAAGUUCAGUCCCAUCCCAACUGUCAUCAGUACAGUGACCGCAUUGACAUCCGUUGGGAUUUGCACCAUUAUCUGUGACUGGAUCAUGCUGACGUUUAUUGAUAAAAAUGAAGUCUACAGCGAGAGAAAGUUUGAUGCAAUUAGUAAGGAGCCCAAAGUACCCGUGACCACAGAGUUCACCGUCAUCAGCAGCUUCGGUUCAAACCACUCAGACCUGUCUGAUGGUGUCCCAUUAUGAUGCCAUCAUAGUCGCCGCUGGCCAAAGUGUGUGGACUGUUACUCCAGCAGCUACCUGGAUCAACGGCAGCGUCUGCAGCAGCUGUAGUUAGUGUGGACAAAGUAAAAGAGAGCCGCAGCAACACAGGCAUAUUCCUGACUGACAGAUGUGUGUGUUUUCUGUGCCUGUGCAACAGCAGAUUCAUUUCAUAUUAUUAUCUCAGCCAACUGAAACAUGGACUUUUUCUGUCAGAUGAUAGUACUACAUAGUGAAUGCAUAUAUUUUCUCACUAUGGAAAGAAAGUUUAUUAGAGGUAAUGGUUUCAGGACAGUGUAAUUAACCAAUGUAUCAGAAAUUCAAUAAACACCAUCCAC